AAGGCACUCUGUCAACAGUUCCCUCAUGGAAUAACAGACCAGGUGAUCCAGAAUGACAUGCCUCAUUUGGAGGCUCAACAGAGAGCCAUGGCCAUCAACAGACUACUAUCAUUGGGUCAGUUGGACCUUCUACGAAACAGCUCAGGACUUCUAUACCGCAUGAAGGAUGCCCAGACAGCAAGCAAAAUGAAAGGCUCCGACAAUCAAGAGAAGCUGGUGUAUCAGGUCAUUGAGGAUGCAGGAAACAAAGGGAUCUGGAGCAGGGACAUUAGAUAUAAGAGCAACCUUCCUCUGACAGAGAUCAACAAGAUCCUCAAGAACCUAGAGAGCAAGAAGCUAAUCAAGGCUGUGAAAUCAGUGGCUGCGUCAAAAAAGAAGGUUUACAUGCUAUACAACCUGCAGCCAGACCGCUCGGUGACUGGGGGAGCCUGGUACAGUGACCAGGACUUUGAGUCUGAGUUUGUGGAGGUUCUCAAUCAGCAGUGUUUCAAAUUCCUUCAGAGUAAGGUGAGGGCUCCACUGAAUGGGAUUAUAAGGCACCAGCCCUACGCACGGUGUCCCCGGUUCGCCAGCACAGUCCAGUGCAGUCUGUUCCACCCCGCCGCACUUGCAGGGCUACAGGAAGUAUCCAGCCAGGACAGGUUGUGCAGGUUCGGUGAUCAAGACCUCCAGUGCGCCUCCGCGUUCAUGUCCAUCCGGUGCCUCCUCCACGCACCAGGCCUCCUGUAG